AUGAAGUUCGCCGCCGCUCUAUCCGUUGCUUCACCUCGAAUGUUCCACGUAAAACUCUUCUACAACCGCAAGCAGGGUAUCACGCCAGAGCAGUUCAAUCACUAUUGGGCCUCCAAUCAUGCCGAACUGGCAACACCCUUUCAUCUCCGCCUGGGUGCGGUGAAGUAUUCUCAGUAUCACUCGACGCCCGAAUUCCGCGACUUCGGCCGUGUUGAGAACGCACCGCCCAUUCUUGAGUUCGACGGCGCUGCCGAAUUCUGGGUACACAACCUGGAGACCUUUCAAUCGAUGGGAAGCGAUCCAGAGUACCUCAACAAAAUUCAGCCUGACGAGGCAAACUUUAUUGACCCGGAAUCGAUCCGAAUGGUUAUAGGGGUAGACUAUAUCGUUAUGGAGAACCAACACACGGUCGUAGAGCACGGUCGAUCUUUCUGA